AUGGAAUCACGGUCGAAUGCACAGGGUGAAGAGUCGACAUUGCCUCUGCUUGCCACCUCGCCAUUUGCGCCGCAGAACGAACAAGUGACGCCGCUGGCCAUGGUUCGCGGGGAGAACCUCUCGCGAGCCGCGCUGGGCGUGCAAGCGCCGGCGCUGCUCUUCGUCGCCGUAGUGUGGAGCCUGGUGCUGUCCAGCAUGCCGCUCACCACGCUGCCGCUGUUCGGAUACCACCCACUCAUCCAAUCCUUCGCCAUCCUGCUGCUGCUGCAGGCGAUCGUCGUCCUGCAGCGCACCACCGCCUCGCAACCGUCGGCGAAAAAAUCCGCCUUCACCGCGCACCAGUGGCUCAACCUCCUCCUCGUCCUCCCGCUCUUCACCGCAGGCGCAAGCAUCAUGUGGUACCUGCACGAUGCACCCACCUCGGCGCACUUUAUCUCGUACCACGGCAUCCUCGGCACCGCCGUCGUCGUCGCCGCCUGGGCCCAGGCCGCACUCGGCGCCGCAAGCGUCUGGUGGAAGGCCAAACUCGUCGGCGGCGAGAAUCGCGGCAAGGCGCUGUGGAAGUGGCACAGGCUCUCCGGGUACGUGCUGGUCGCGCUGUUCUUGGCGACGGCGGCGCUGGGCGUGCUCGAGACAACGUGGGCCCAGCAGAAGGCGAGCGCGCUGCAGAAGACGGCGGUGGUGCUGGGCCUGGUGGGGGCCACAGCGGCGUUGGUGGGCCGAGUACAGAAGAGCAAGUUGCCCAAGUUGUAA